AUGGCGGAGCGAGAGAGCGGCGGCCUGGGCGGGGGUGCCGCGUCCCCGCCUGCCGCCUCCCCGUUCCUGGGGCUGCACAUCGCGUCGCCGCCCAAUUUCAGGCUCACCCAUGACAUCAGCCUGGAGGAGUUUGAGGAUGAAGACCUCUCCGAGAUCACCGAUGAAUGUGGCAUCAGCCUGCAAUGCAAAGACACCUUGUCCUUACGGCCCCCACGCGCCGCGCUGCUCUCCGCGGGCGGCGGCGGCGGUGGGGGGAGCCGGCUGCAGGCCGAGAUGCUGCAGAUGGACCUGAUCGAUGCGGCGGGGGACACUCCCGGCGCCGAGGACGACGACGAGGAGGAGGAGCGCGCUGCGCGGAGGCCUGGAGCGGGGCCGCCCGAGGCCGAGCCCCGCCAGGAGACGGCGCCCCGCGGCCAGAGCCAGGGGCAGGGCCAGGGCCAGGGCCCGGGAGGCGGAGACACGUACCGGCCCAAGCGACCCACCACGCUGAACCUCUUCCCGCAGGUGCCGCGGUCUCAGGACACAUUGAAUAAUAACUCUCUGGGCAAGAAGCACAGUUGGCAGGACCGGGUGUCGAGAUCAUCCUCGCCGCUGAAGACAGGGGAGCAGACGCCUCCGCAUGAGCACAUCUGCUUGAGCGAUGAGCUGCCGCCCCCCAGCAGCCCCGCGCCCACCAAGGAUCGAGGCACCUCCACGGACAGCCCCUGCCGCCGCAGCGCCGCCACGCAGAUGGCGCCUCCCGGUGGGCCCCCUGCCGCCCCCACGGGUGGCCGGAGCCACUCGCACCGAGACCGCAUCCACUACCAGGCGGACGUGCGGCUGGAGGCCACCGAGGAGAUCUACCUGACGCCGGUGCAGAGGCCCCCGGAUCCUGCGGAGCCCGCCUCCGCCUUCCUGCCGCCCGCCGAGAGCCGCAUGUCGGUCAGCUCCGACCCCGACCCCGCCGCCUACCCUGCCAGCGCCGGGCGGCCACACCCGUCUAUCAGCGAGGAGGACGAGGGCUUCGACUGCUUGUCGUCCCCAGAGCGGGCCGAGCCGCCCGCGGGAGGAUGGCGCGGGAGCCUGGGGGAGCCGCCGCCGCCUCCGCGGGCCUCGCUGAGCUCGGACACCAGCGCCCUGUCCUACGACUCGGUCAAGUAUACGCUGGUGGUGGACGAGCACGCGCAGCUGGAGCUUGUGAGCCUGCGGCCGUGCUUCGGCGACUACAGCGACGAGAGCGACUCGGCCACUGUCUACGACAACUGCGCCUCUGCCUCCUCCCCCUACGAGUCGGCCAUCGGGGAGGAGUACGAGGAGGCCCCCCGGCCGCGGCCCCCCGCCUGCCUCUCGGAGGACUCCACCCCCGACGAACCCGACGUCCACUUCUCCAAGAAGUUCCUGAACGUCUUCAUGAGCGGCCGCUCUCGCUCCUCCAGUGCGGAGUCCUUUGGGCUCUUCUCCUGCAUCAUCAACGGGGAAGAGCAGGAGCAGACCCACCGGGCCAUAUUCAGGUUUGUGCCUCGACAUGAAGACGAACUCGAGCUGGAAGUGGACGACCCUCUGCUGGUGGAGCUGCAGGCCGAGGACUACUGGUACGAGGCCUACAACAUGCGCACGGGAGCCAGGGGCAUCUUCCCUGCCUACUACGCCAUUGAGGUCACCAAGGAGCCUGAACACUUGGCAGCCCUGACCAAAAACAGCGACUGGGUGGACCAGUUCCGGGUGAAGUUCCUGGGCUCAGUCCAGGUCCCCUAUCACAAGGGCAAUGACGUCCUCUGUGCUGCUAUGCAAAAGAUCGCCACCACCCGCCGGCUCACCGUGCACUUUAACCCGCCCUCCAGCUGCGUCCUAGAGAUCAGCGUGCGGGGCGUGAAGAUCGGCGUCAAGGCUGAUGACUCCCAGGAGGCCAAGGGGAAUAAAUGUAGCCACUUUUUCCAGUUAAAAAACAUCUCUUUCUGCGGAUACCAUCCAAAGAACAACAAGUACUUUGGGUUCAUUACCAAGCACCCUGCUGACCACCGGUUUGCCUGCCACGUCUUUGUGUCUGAGGAAUCCACCAAAGCGCUGGCAGAAUCUGUGGGGAGAGCGUUCCAGCAGUUCUACAAGCAGUUUGUGGAGUACACCUGCCCCACAGAAGACAUCUACCUGGAGUAG